GUCCUUGCGAUAAUGGCUGACAAUGCAUCAAAUAAUGACACCAUGUGCAAGGUCCUGCAAGAGUUGUGUGAGCAGGAAGGCAUCACUUUUAAUGCGCAGCGGGCUCGAUUAUGGUGCUUGCCUCAUACAACACAUCUUUCAGCAUUAGAAGGUAUUGGCGCUAUAAAGGCCAGCAAGACAACCAAAAACCAUGAUGCAUAUCAGGAUUGUGUAACUGCGCCACUCACUCAAGAGCAUGACAAUGAUAUUACUGGACAAGAAGAUCAACCGGAAGACGAGUUCGAAGUCAAGUUGCUAACAGUUCACUUUCAGUUACGAAAGAUAGUCCAUGCUGUUCAUUCCAGCCCUCAGCAUCGCCAAGCUUGGUUCCAAGAAGUCAACAUAUCAAUGAAGUCACAGGAUGGUGAUACAUUGCCGCAGACAGCUCUAAUGCUGAUUCUUGACGUCAAGACCAGGUAG